AUGUCCAUUACCACUGGGUGUAAUGUGUACUCGAGGACGUCGUCUGUUGGUGAUCGGUCACGUGACUUUUACAGUGGAGUGCGCUUCAAAAUGAGCGAGACUGAUCAACUAUGUGUAUUUGUUGACAAUAAACUCCUUUCUGAGGAGGAGAUAGAAUCUUUAAAACAAAUAUGUGCACAUUUACCCACUUUCCUGUCUGAAGUUAGCAAGUCAGGACAUUUAAAAGAAUGGAAUUGCAUUAUCCGAUUGAUAGGUCAGUCUUGUUUUCACACGAAUAACCUUGCAUAUCUGCUGUUUCUGGAUGUUAUUAGGUGGUUUUCCCAAGAGAAUACAUGUGCAAUGAGGUACUGCCAGAAAGUUAAACUAUUUUGGAAAACUGGCCUAAGGUUAUUCAAAGGCUUUAUUCGAUUUAUGAGUGGCCUCAAGAACCAAGGGCAACUAACAACAGAUGAUAACCUGAGAGGUGAGUUUGAUCCACAGCAAUCUAACAUAAAUUUCGCUGUACCUUCAAGAAAUAUGCUUGAGUCUGUUAAUCUAGAUCUUCAACGAGAGUGUGAAACUCCUGGUAUAAUCAAGUCCAUUCUUGAUAUUAUUGCAAAACAGGAUAGAAAAUUCCCCAAAACAUAUAAGCUAUCUGUUGAUCUUAAAAAACUCAAUCCUGGUGGUUCCAACGGUGAUGUUGACAUGAUGGGUUUUGAAAAAUCUCCCACCUUGCGAGAAAGAAAGAUAAGACUGCAACAUGAACGUUCCAGUGUAGAAAAGGCAAACACUGUUCUACAACAAGCAUCUGACAUGGACCUGGAAGAUGGCACAUUCAAUUCAGCAGCAUCUUCAAUUGUGGGCUCCUGUCAAGUGUUGGCAUCAGCUAUGUGCAAGAGAAUGAAACAUCUGAAAGAAAUCAGGGUUAAAAAACAGUAUGUUUUUGACAAAUAUCGCAAAGAAGCUGGCAUGGUCUGGAAAAAGGGGAAAAUGGCACUGUUUCUCAGUAGUAUUCAGACAUCUUUGUACAAAAUAGACCCCUGCAUCGAUGGUCUUCAACAAGAAAUUCGUGCAUCAACUUCAAUAGGAAAAGCAGAGCCAGAAUGUUCUGAUGCAACCAAAGCUCUUAUGCAGCACGGGGUAGACAAUGAAAUCAACACUGUAGCUACAAUUGUUUCAAAAGUAUUACCUGCCUUUUAUCCAAAUCUUACAUUCUUUGAAGAAGGCUGCUACACUCUUCAACAUAACGGGAAACCUAUCUGCAUUGUAAGUCCCGAUGGAAGUCUGCACAAUAAAAUGGGCAAUGUUGUCAUGGGAAUAGAAAUUAAAUGUCCUAAUCCACAAAAUGUCUACACACCAUCGGGCAUGUACACAGUCCAAAGAUUGUACAAACCAGAACAGUACCAUGCAGCACCUAUUGCAUAUGCUUUAACAGACAACUCUGUGACGACUGAUCAGAUGCAAAAGAUCUUGACUGAAGUCAGAAAAUGCUGCAAUGAAAGAAGUCUAUACGUAGCAGCAGAAUGUUAUGAUGGGGCGUUUGCCAGGUUAGCUACGAGAGGUCUAAACGAUGAACAUCUGACAGUUCUUCAAUUAUCCAAAGAUGUGUUCUCCCAGCAAAGGGAAUGUCUAAAGGAGAACAAAUACGGAAACUGGUUUCAAUUGGUAUCAAAAAUAUGUACAACGGGGAUUUCUGAAAGGGGUCUAUCAAGAAAUGCCUGGGUGAAAAUAGCUCGUGAAUCUAAACAGAAUGGGUGUGAAUUAAGUCCGGCAUUGGUGGAGGAUUUAGCAGAUAAGCAGAAUUGUGCGUUUGCUCUAGCAAUUAGUGAAAAGGUAGACCAAGCACUGGAAGCGGUUGGUUACCAAAACGAAGCAGAUGUCUGUCGUUUCCUAAGGAAUUGGUACAGAGCACAAGACGAGCCAGGCAUAUCUGCUUGUGAGAGACACGCCUUGCAGGAGCAGCUAAAAAUGUUUCUACUGAAGGAGGUAAACUUUAACAAAUUUCCACCAUUUGGAACUCAUGUUCUUGGCAUUCCUUCCAUUAUGUUUGAAGGGAUGUUGAUUCACGGAGAAAGACGUACACAGCUAUACGCCUUCACCAGAAGUGGUACCUAUAACCCACGGACAAUUGGAACACUGGACAGCGAAAAUUUCUUUGGCGCUUUUCAAGAUUUUGAUUCAAAGGGUUCUGGUGUCCUGCACUGUAGUGAGGUGCCCCUGGCUAUGACUACAGCAUGUGAACUUUAUCAAACAAGACAAAAUCACAACAGUGAUCACCAUUUUGAUCAAUCUGGAAGAGCGGAAAGAAAACCCAAAAGAAAGCGUUCGUCAAUCACACCAUUAUCACAGCCAGCUAGGGGAACACUUGGAGUGAGGUCUGAACGAUAUCGUUUUAACGAAUCGAAGAUUCUGUCACAUAUUAGAGAAGGAAUAGAGCUGUUCAUUAAACAGAGGAAAGACGAAACAUUGUUCAGACACCUUGGUGUCAACGUCCAUGUCAGCGUCGACAAGAACUUUGCUGGGGUGGACCUGC